UGUGUUAUGUGAUCCCGGAAGUUUCUGCUUCUUUUGUAAUGGCUGCCUGCAUGGUAGAAUGUACAGAGCUUUGUGUCUCACUGCUCCUGCUGUAAUUGUGCUGAUCAGUAAGCACUCAUUUAUUAGGUAUUGGAGACACUAACUGACAGAGGUGAUAAAAAUAAUUAAUGCUUUUAGUAAGGAAUGAAGAUGCAAUUGAUCUAAAGAAAUCACUGUAUCCCAAGCUUAGAAGGACUUGAGGAGGAAACAACUUCUGUUUGAAACUGCUUGUAGUUAUAUCCUUAAGUGGUUAAUUUUCAUCCAUCAGUAUUAAAAUUCUGAAGCUUAUUAAAUGGAUAUAUCGACACAACCAAAGAAGAUAAUACUGCUAGAGACUCCUGUUACUUUUGCAGACGUCGCAGUUUGGUUUACACCAGAAGAGUGGAAUAUACUAAAUGAAACUGAAAAGGAGCUGUAUGUAUGUGUAAUGAGAGACAACUGUGAAACACUGACUUCACUUGGUAUUAAAAUCCCAGACCAGUACUUUGUAAUAUUUGAUGACUUCGGUGAAAGCAGUAUUUGCUGUGGCGUCUGUAUAUGUGGAAGACCAGAGUGCGGUGAAAGACUACAAGCUUUUGCCAUCAAACAAGAAAAGGUUUCUAGGGAAGUUAAACCACUUCAGUGCAUUGAGUGCAGGUCACGUUUCAGUGAUCAUGUUGCUUUCAGAAGACAUGUACAGGUGCAUACACUUGAGAAACCAUAUAACUGUAAUGAAUGCCAGAAAAGUUUCUUGCAUAAAGGGCACCUUCGAGACCACCAAAGGGUUCAUACUGGAGAAAAGCCAUAUAAAUGCACAGAAUGUGAUAAAAGGUUUAGCCAGAGAAGUCAUCUCAAAAUUCAUCACAGGACACACACUGGAGAACGGCCAUACAAAUGCAUUGAGUGCCCCAAAAGUUUUAUUCAGAUAGCACAUUUUAUUCAUCAUCGACGGGUUCAUUCUGGAGAAAAACCAUACAAAUGUCCUGAAUGUGACAAGAGAUUUGGACAGAGUAGUCAUCUAAAAAGUCAUUUACGUUCUCAUUCUGGGGAAAAGCCUUUUAAGUGUACUGAUUGUGAAAAGAGUUUCAGCAGCCCAAGUGACAUGAGAAAGCAUCAAUGGGUCCACACAGGAGACCGACCACAUAAGUGUACAGAAUGUGAGAAAAGUUUCAUUCGUAAAGGGUCUCUUAUUUCCCACCUGCAGCUUCAUAAUGUUCAAAGAACUACUUACCUAAUGUGAGGGAGCAUCAUAAUGUGCCUUCAGACUGGGCUUGUUUAUUGUGCCAUUCAGAAUUGAUAGUAUUAUCAAGAUGUUAAGCAAGUAACUUGAUGUACAGAAAAGCUGGGACUUAAGAAUUAACAUUACUUGUUCCCGUUAUGUUAAUAACAGUGGUAUGUUCCUGUGAUGCUUUCCCUCAUCCUUUUGUAUAGCCCCUCAGUGACUUUAUAUUGAAAGUUGGGCUUAAUGACUGAUCCAACACAACAUUUUUGUAGAACAAACAUGACAAUAGCUGAUGGCCUGGAUAGAAGACGACCAUCUUCUUACCAAAGUAAUCGCAAAUGAAAAUCUGCAUCAGAUAUUUAAGCAAAUGAGAAACGGAGAAGCAGCUUUUUUACCUAGUGACAAAGUACUAUAAAUAAACCAUCCUGUCAACUUAUAACUUCAUGCAUCUGCAACCACUGCAGUGGUUCUCAAGAAGGUCUUUAUUUGCUGUUUCAGCAGAAUGUAAAUGACCAUUUUUAAUAUGUUCGUAGUAAUCUGAUGUACUAUAUAAUGUGAAGCAUACUUGUAAUGCAUGAUACCUCAUACUAUAUGUUGGUCUGUACUUAGAAGUUCGGAAGCUGCCUAAAUAUGCAGCUUGUGAGACAUUCGCUCUGACAGGAGACCUGUGAAUUUAUUCUGUCUCUGCACUCUUCACAAAUGGAUACAAGCCCUGCCAACAGCUUUCUAGGUGGCUACAGGUCUUUCUGUGCAGUGGAUGCCAUCCCCUUGUCAGCUGACAGUAGGCUGUAGUGGCUGUUCCCGUGAUGGCAGUGGAGACCAAACUGAUUGCAAGACAGUAUAUAAGUUCUGAUCUUUGGAGACAGUGCCCUGGUCUAGGAAUUUAUUUAGUGACAGUAGUGAAAUCCAGGCAUUUAGCUCAUACCGUAACUGAAGCAUACACAAAUAUUUAGUCCUAACUGCCACAGCCACCACAUGCAGCAAAAGAAAAAAUGUAUUUCUUACAUAUAAAAUUACUACUGUCCACAAAGUGUAGCAGGCAAUGCCAGUCUACAGCCUUACAACAUAACAAAUGUAUUAUGUAUAACCUUGGCAACCACCAAAAUUUCAUAGGAUUCCAUUUUACAUGUGCUAUGAAUGAGCCACAGCCUUUUCAGUAUAUUUGUGUGUG